AGCCGCUCGGACCAGUGGCCGGAAGCAGUGUUUUUCGGCUGGAGCGGGAAGUGGGGAGCCUUCUCCUGUGCCGAGCCGUGCCGCUGGGUCCAUCCCACAGAGCCAGAUGCUGGAGACCAAGGGAGCUUCUGGGUGUGGUUGGCAGGACGUUUAGGGCAACGUUUCCACGGUCCCCACACUGGGGAAGGGCCUGCUGGGUGUAUCAUGGGAGACAAGAGGCCACCGAUCCGAGGAGCCGCCAACAGUGACACUCAUGCGUCGGGGGACACGUGCCUGUUUCCUCCUGGAUGAUGUCUUCAUUCUCGUUUCCACUUGGCAGGGUCGUCAAGUUCCGUCGCACUGGGGAAAGUGCCCGGUCUGAUGAGGACGCCAUUUCGGGAGAGCACGAAGUGCAAAUCGAAGGCAUCCAGACAGAGUUAGAAGCUGUGGAGCUGGAGGAUGCAGGGAUGGUGCCAAAGGAGUUCGCCAACCCCACCGACGAUACGUUUAUGGUGGAAGACGCGGUGGAAGCUAUUGGAUUUGGCAAGUUCCAGUGGAAGCUCUCCAUCCUGACGGGCUUAGCAUGGAUGGCUGAUGCCAUGGAAAUGAUGAUCCUCAGCAUCCUGGCGCCUCAGCUCCAUUGUGAGUGGCGACUUCCCACCUGGCAGGUUGCAUUGCUCACAUCGGUGGUUUUCAUGGGAAUGAUGUUCAGUUCAACACUCUGGGGAAAUAUUUCAGACCAGUAUGGCAGAAAAACGGGGCUAAAGAUCAGUGUCCUUUGGACCUUGUACUAUGGGAUUCUCAGUGGCUUCGCACCAGUUUACAGCUGGAUUCUGGUGCUGAGGGGCCUCGCGGGCUUUGGCAUUGGAGGGGUUCCCCAGUCAGUCACGUUAUAUGCAGAAUUCCUCCCAAUGAAAUCCAGAGCAAAAUGUAUUUUGCUAAUCGAGGUCUUCUGGGCCGUUGGGACCGUCUUCGAGGUCCUCCUGGCAGUGCUCGUCAUGCCCACCCUCGGCUGGCGCUGGCUGCUCAUCCUGUCGGCCCUCCCACUGCUGCUCUUCGCCGUCCUGUGUUUUUGGUUGCCAGAAAGUGCGCGAUACGACGUGUUAUCUGGGAACCAAGACAAGGCAAUCGCCACAUUGAAACGGAUAGCGACCGAGAAUGGGGCUCCGAUGCCUCUCGGGAAAUUGAUCAUCUCCAGGCAGGAAGACAGAGGGAAAAUGAGGGACCUAUUCACCCCGCAGUUCAGAUGGACGACGCUCCUGCUUUGGUUUAUAUGGUUCUCCAAUGCCUUUUCUUAUUAUGGGUUAGUUUUGUUAACAACGGAGCUCUUCCAAGCAGGGGACCUCUGCAGCUUAUCCAGCAGGAGAAAAAUAGUGAAGGCCAAGUGCAGCCUGGCGUGUGAAUAUCUAACAGAGAAGGACUACAUCGAUCUGCUGUGGACCACUCUGUCGGAGUUCCCAGGUGUUCUAGUGACCUUAUGGGUUAUUGAUUGGAUUGGGCGGAAAAAGACGAUGGCGCUCUGCUUUUUUGUCUUUUCGUUUUGUAGUCUCCUGCUCUUCCUCUGUGUUGGAAGGCAAGUUCUUACCGUGCUACUGUUCAUCGCUAGGGCCUUUAUUUCAGGAGGGUUCCAAGCUGCUUAUGUUUAUACCCCUGAGGUUUACCCCACAGCUACCCGUGCCCUGGGCCUUGGGACCUGUAGCGGAGUGGCCAGAGUUGGCGCACUUAUCACGCCGUUCAUCGCACAGGUCAUGCUGGAGUCCUCGAUCUACUUGACACUGAUCGUUUACAGCGGGUGCUGCGUCCUGGCGGCUCUGGCUUCUUGCCUGCUGCCCAUCGAGACCAAGGGCCGCGGCUUGCAGGAGUCCACCCACAGGGAGUGGGGGCAAGAGAUGGUUGGCCGUGGAGUCCCCCAGUCAAAUUCCGGAUCUCAGGGGUGACGGGAACAGCACUGCAGCAACGGGGACGUCUGGAGAGGGGUUUCCCAUGAAGCUCCCAAGUCCAGCGUCCGAGACACGGAACAUCAAGUUACUGCUGCGUGUUUUCCCAAGGCGAGAGCACGCGGUCUGUGUCUUCAUGGACUCCUUUGCUGCGCACUCCCCUCGCCAUCCCCUUGUGCAAGAGGCGGCAUUAGAGCUGCAAAGUGAGUGUGUGCUUGUGUGUCGGAGAGGAAGGCGAUGGAGCAAGGGAAGCCGAGAGGAGCCCUUCCCAAACUAUCUGCUGAGUUUUCAUGGCUGACCAAAAAACAAGCUUCGUUUCUUGGGGCCGAGAAAGCCACUCCGUGCCAAGCUCAGUGGACGUGGCUCAGGCUCUUCUGUCCACAAGUGGCCAACGCCUUUGACACACACCAGUGGGUGGGCCUGCGCCUAAGCACACUCGUUCCUAGUGUAGCAUGCAGUCUGGUCUUGUGCACUUGUGAAUUAAACCACCGGCUGUGCACUUCUGUGGUUGUAAACAACCUUUGGCACACCCAAGCCAUCAUCCGUUUUAUCAAAGCCUUCUUGCUGGGACAUGGUGUUGCUUGAGGGGUUGCUGGGCACUCGGAGAAGCACGUGCCCCUUCUGCUGGGAAAAAGCACCGCCGGACCGAGAAGGGAAGCCUUCAGAGAAGCCCACGCAGGUGGAAAUGUGCAUGGUCCUGGUCGCCUCCAUCAAAAAAGGGAAAUCAGAUGGCUGGAACAGGGUGCCGGAAAGAACUGAUGGAUGGGAACCUCUCCCUCAUGAUGGACGUCAAACAUUUGGUGUGGCCUUUAAGUUUAGACAAAAAGACAACUAAAGGAGUGGUCACAAUAGACAUUUGUAAAAUGCUGCAUGAUGUGGACCAAGGAGAGAGAGAGAGAGAGAGAGAGAGAGGUUUUUCUCUCUUUCUAGCAUACUAGAACUCAGGAUCAUCCAGAGAAAUUGAUGGGCAGUAGCUUCAGAAGACGCAAAAUACACUACACCGAAGAAUCUUGUGGCACCUUAACACAAAGAAGUGUAUUGCAGUACAAGCUUUUGCAAACCACAGCCUACCAUCAGAUGCAUGUGCGCACCCACACACACCCACACUAGCAUUUAAGGUGCCACAGGACUCUUGGUUGUUGCUUUUCUGCUGUCUACUCUUCUGGAAAAUUAUUCCUUCACACAACGUAUAAUUGAUUUGUGGAAGCUGCCAGGAUUCCUGGGCCAGUGGGUUAUUUAUUCUUAUUUAUUUAAGCUAAUUAUCUCUUGUAUUUCAAACCAGUUUUCCAAAGUGAGGAAAGGCCAUAGCUCAGUGUUAGACUACCUGGUGGGCAUGUAGAAAGUCCCUGGCUCAACACCUGGCAUUUCCAGGUAAGACUGGGAAGGACUCCUGCCUGAAACCCAGGAAAGCUGCUUUUGGAGGUUGUUUCCUAUUAUGGACCAAGCGUUUGAAUUGCAGUCCCUGACGGAUGUACAACAAAGAAAUGAGGAUUGAAAGUCAAGUCUUAAUCACUCAAAUUUACUGGUUCCUCAGAGCAGCCAGGUGGAGGGAGCUCCUAAUUGGAAGUUGUACCUAUUUCUAAUAAAAAGAUUGGUAAAGAGAGCUAAAAAACUGAUUUGCGAGAGGUAUGACCUCAACUACUGCAGGCAUUUGUCUCAUCACCUCUGGUCAAACAGGUUUGAAGUUUUUAAAAAUUAAAAACCACCACAGCUUAUUGACCAGUGGAAGAAGUGGGAUGGAUGUCUACACCAAGACGAUCAAGUCCUCUUUCAAAACCUUUUCUAUUUAUAAUUUCAGUCACUGCCCCCCGCAAAAAAGAGAUUUGGGUUAUUAAAAAUAACAGAAGUGAGCAUUAGCAUAGUCUUUCAAACAGAAUUCUGAAAUGCCAACAAAUAUGUAAAAAGUCAAAUAAUUUGUAUUAGUUUUUUCCUUGCAGGAUGUCAGUGAUAAAAUGCUCAAGGAACUCUAAUUAAGUUACCUUUAGAAAGCCAUCGGAAACUCACUGGGGAUGUGGCUGUUAGGGUGUCUUAGCUCAGGCGCCAUCUUCCAGAUUUCAAAUCCCUUUGGCAUUUUCACGUCUAAGAUUCAAAAUUCUACAACAUCAGACUCAAAAAACACCAAAUGGACAUUCCUGUAAAGUGUGACAUGUCAGCCGCAGUAGCAUUUUUGUCUUGAGUGAAAUAUUUCACACUUGUAAGUGGCUAAGACAGAGUUCAGUAAUGCAAAGCUUUUGAGUUAUUUCCAGCCCACAGUGUUCUGCAUCGGGGCCCUUUCCCCUCUACCAGGUUAAAAGUUUCGCAAGCAAAAUCCAUCCUGCAGACCUGAAACAGUUUCCUUCUUGGUAGGAAUUUUGAAAUCCUGGCAACGGAAUUCAUUAUGUCCACACAAGACAAGACAACUCUUUUUUGAACUAUAUUUGCUUUUGGAUGUGCUGUUGAAUGUUAUGUAACCGUGUGCAGAACCCCUGCUGAGCCAACCAUCUUCAGUUACACCCGUUUUGUGCUGAACAGUGAUGACUAUACAAAGGGGAUUGCCAGAAUGAAUCACACACUAAUUAAAUUGAUAGAAUUUCUUUUGAAUAGUAUAAAUUAAGUUAAAUUUAGUAAAAGCUCCAAACUGUUAAGGAAGAAAUCUACACUAUUGUCUUAUCUGAAACAUGAUAUAUAUAAAAUAUGGCUUUUAUAGAAAUGCUCAGAAACCUUUAAAAAAGAUACCAAAAUCACUCAUGUAUAUAACAAACACUUCCAAAGAUUUUGUUUUAGACGCAUCAUGUAUUUUUCAUUUGGGAAAAAGUACAGUUGAUGCAUUCAUUAAAAAUAAAGCAAAAAUAUCAUUUGGAAUUGAACUUACUUGUGCUGUUUGGAAUUCUGUUGGUCGUCCAGUCCAUUAAUGUGCAAAGCUGUUGUGAGGGGAAAGUGAUUCUCCACAUAUGCUGUGAUGAAUGAUCCUUGUAUUUCCUCAAUGCUUGCCGGAAAAAAAAGAACACUUGAAUGUCUCAGCUGUGUUUGAAUGUACAGUUUUGAAACUAGACACGUGUUCAUGUUGAAGAAGAGAAUUCUGCAAACUGAGCUUAUUGUACCAUAUUCUUCUGUUUCUUCGUUAAUGAUCAACCUUAGUUUGAUUUCACACUGGAUAUUUUAUGUUGAAUAAAUGAAUAGUUUUUACAGUAA